AAUAAGUACAGGGGUGUUCAAAGAUAAUCCGUCAUAGAUCUAUUGCAAAGCAAUUAUUGGAUUUACCUGUAUUGGAAAAAAACAGUGUUGAUUGUAUUGAGGUCAACUGCAGCCACAUUAUCAAAGUUUAUUUGUACAAACUUGUCCAUCUCAAUUUUUUCUGCAAAUCAGGUAUAUUCACCAUCAUGGAAAUACAAAAGAAUACAGUUAUUUUGUGGUGUGUCUUUAAAUUUUUAUCCAUGAAAACAAUGUAAUUUCGAUCAUCAACCUCCGUUUGAAAUGAUUACCAAAAAAAAAAAAAGAAAAAAAGUCUUAUAAAAGUAUUAAUAUAUCUUUAGAAAAUUUAUAGAGUUUAUGAUAAUAAUUUUGUCAAAAAUUACUUUAGACGUGAACCUUGUAUGCGUGGCCUGACAGCUGUUUGUUUAACAGAUACAGCCUGGGGUAUUGUACUACAAAGGAGUCACAAUAGUCAGUGAUGAUCUCUUUAGUUUUGUAAAGACGUUUCUGUCCGCAUCAAUGACUACCUCCGGGCAUAAUAUUUCAACUGUGACACAACAAAAUUUUUAUACAACUUUCACAAUCUAUAUACAUGAUUUAUACAGUAAUUUAGAUGUAUUAGUGAAUUUUGUGAUUUAUAUUAUAUAUGGAACCUAUAUAUGGAAAGCAUAAUUUUGAAGAUUAAAUUGGAUUUAAUAGGGUAAACAUACAACAAAUGGUGCAAAUGUAAGAAAGUGUUGAAUUAGUUAUCCAGUUAUUUCAUCAAGUGUUUGUAAGUGCUUAUAAAUUGUAUAAAUGCUUAUAAAUUGUAUAAAUUUAUUGGCUACAUUUAUUUCAUCUUGAAAUACUUUAUCGAAUGACCUAUUUCAGGUUUCUUGUCAUAAAUUGAGUUCAAUAUCUUAUGCGCUAUUGAAAUAUGUUACCUUAUUAUACUUCAAAACUGGGACAUUUACGAGAGGGAGCUUUAUAAGGUAUUUGGUGUGUCAGAUUGAUGCAGUGAUUGCUGUAGACUAUACAAGGGAGACAGAAUGCGGGAAGAGCAAUCCUGAUGUUAAGAGGUGGUGAUUGCAGACAAGGUUAGAGGAUGAGAGAUGGGUGACGUGUUGCUACAGUAUGUAAUCCCAUGUCUUCUAGUGUUCAUACCCACAACCUCAAGUUUCAGUUUUGGAAGCAGCGGUAGCGGAGUGGUUCUUCCAAAUGACCCGUAUAUUUAUAUUGGUAAGAAUCUGACCCUGACAUGUAACCUGACAAAAUACGAUGAGGUAUACAACUCUAACUACCUGAGCUUCUCACGGAAAAAUGAUGAAGUUAUUCCAUCAAGGUACAUCACUGUGCUUUCAACAAGAUCCAUUGUACUCCGUUAUCCAAUGACAUCCUCAGAAUAUGGUGGCAACUAUCUGUGUAAACUUAACAGGACAACAGGUCGACCAGAAAUCAUUGGAACCCAGUAUGUUAUGGUUGAAUAUGAGCCUAAGCCUGUUACUGAGGUAAAAUGCCGAGUUUACAACUGGGAAAACAUGACAUGUACAUGGGAUCUCGGUGUUCAGUUCAUACACCCCAAAACUAUGGUUAUCAGUCUUGUCUGGACUAUAGCGGGGGAUUCUCAGCAUGAUUGUUUACGUCAGACAGCAACAUCGUGUUCUUGGUGGAAGAUUGAUGGAGAUGAUUCCUUCAAGCCUGGUCAGGACUACCACAUGGGUGUCAGUAUCGAAAACAAAGCAACAAAACCUUCAACUUUCUACCCAAAGAAAACUAAAGCAAUCACAGUUGAUACUUCGAAGAUAGUUGAGCCAGCUUCUGUGAAAGAUGUUACUGCAGACAAAAAUAGUACAUGUGUAUCUCUGUCUUGGAGACAUGAAAAAACACGUAGGGACAAGGUAUACAGGGUAGAUUUCAAGCAAACCACAGAUAGACACUGGCAGACAAAACAUGUAGGAGAAUCAGAAACACUGACACUUUGUGGCUUACACCCAAACACACUGUAUGAUUUCCAAGUACUGUGUAUGCCCCGACUGUUUGGGGGUAAAGAGGAAGGUUUCUGGAGCAAGCCCACACCUUUGCCUGUCAGGACAGACGAAGAUGUUCCUGCAAAAGCCCCAGAAUUGUUGCCAGGAAGUUACGUUGAGAAACCGUACCAUCACUACAACUGGAAGAGGGUUAGAAUCUACUGGAAGCGUCUAAGUACAGAAGAUGCCAAUGGUAACAUCACCUACUACCGUAUCAAGCAUCGUAAUUGUGGCACGGCUUCACAAUGGGAGACAACUCAGGUCAAGGGAGAGACUCAGGACAUUCUAACAUUGAUAGACACAGAUAGUUAUGUUAUCCGCAUUCAAGCAGCUACUUCAAAAGGACUAUCCAAAGUCUUCUCAGAAAUACGUCUUCCUGCAAAAUCUGAAAAACCAAAGGUACCAGAACACAUUGUAGAGGCCGACAAUGCAUCAAAGGAUACAAGAGUAACUAUAUCUUGGAAGCCAGUGGACACACGGUCAUCCAGUUACUGGAGAAAUCUCAUAUCAUACACUGUCUUCUGGUGUAGGGGUUCAAAACUAGAAAAUUGUCAGGAUGCUAUAAAUUCUGCUGACGUGGCUGUAACUGAAACAGAGUAUGUGCUACAUUUGCAUAGUUUUGAGAUGUAUAUGUUUGGAGUGGCAGUAAAUGCCUUGUCAACAUCAGGGGAGAUUAUCAGUAGUGGAUUUAAGUGGAAUACUUGUAUCUACAUCAAAAAUACAAAACCCGAGGUGGCACCACGAAACUUCCAUGCUGCAGUAUAUCAACCAGACAGUGCACUCAGUGUAGAGUGGGACAAAUUGUCAUGUGAGGACACUCAUGCCUACAUAAAAAGCUACAUUGUCCAUAUCUGUCCUUCAGUCAAGGGAGAAAACUGCUCAGGAGAGACAUCAACAUUCCAAGUAGACAAGGAUAAGAAUGUCUUUACAAUACAUGAUUUAGCAGAGGGUUCCCGUUACAAAGUGUGGGUGAAUGUGAGGUCAGCAGCAGGACUCGGUCCCAGAAGCAGCGUACUCUAUGGUGUUGUUGUUGACAGACGGUUGAAUGCUGGUGAAAUUGGUGGUAUAGUGGUUGGCUCCCUGUUUGUUCUUAUCAUCUUCCUGUUUAGUAUAAUAUUGUGUACACGGCAAGUGUUUAGGACAGUGAAGCAGAGAUAUUUUGUACCAGUCCCCAUAGAAAUACCUCAUACCUCUUUACCCCCAUUACCACCAAUACCGAUGCCUCCACGCCAAAACCCCCCAGACUCAGAUAGUUCAGACGGAAUUUAUGAGAAAAUUGUAGAAGGCCCGCCCAGCCCCAGCUCUUCAACUGAAUCAACCACUGGUGUAGAAGCUCCUCUCAUUAACAACAAAUGGAAAUUUUCAUCUUUAAAGCAACAUAUAUAUGGUAAAAAAGAGCGUGCCCGACACAGCAGUGACAGUGGGCGGGGCAGUCUGAGCCAAUCAGCUGACACUUUACUCAUGAGACUUCAUCCAUCUCAUCUCAGAAAGCACAAGAAAAACAAGAAAUCCAACAAGUCAGAGAGUGACUCUGGUGUAAUUGUUGAUGGGAGGGGCCAAGUUUGUACUUAUACAAACACCAGCCAAUCAGAGAAGAGCAGGGGCAAGAACAAUUGUGAUAUAAAUAUUUAUAACUUCAGUGGUGAUAACGGAAAGUUGAACUGUGGGGAAGUUAAUCCAUACAGUUGUGUUGACAUUGUGGAAAAAAUUGAUAGUAAAUCUGAACAGUUACUUAGAAAGUCGUCUUGUGAUAAAGCAGAAAUAUCAAAGUGUAAAGGGAGCACAUUAUCUUUACCACCAGGGUUGUGUAAAAUGUCAACAUUUAUGUCUCAGCCAUUAGACUAUAGAGCUCAAAGUGCUGGAGAUGACUUAGAUUUGGAACAUCGAAGACUAAGCUCAAUGAGAGAAACUAAAGAAUUUGAAUCAAGUGACAUGAAUUCUGAAGCUGGUACCCUUGACAGUGUGGAGGAUAUAGAACAUGAAACCACAGACUCAUUUAGUAGCCGAGAACCAGAAAGUUUGGUAUAUAGAUCAGAUGGAAGCCAGGUACCAGGAAUGAACUCUUACUUAAAAUUUGUUGACAGUAAGAAAAUGGAGUCAAUGGAAGAUGUGUCUCUGUUACAGUGUAACUGUGAUUGCCACAAAAACAAUGGGACACAGGUGAUGGUUGGUGAUGGUUACGUCACCGAGGCAGCCAUGAUUUCUCACUCUGAGGAUAAUUGUGAGUGUUUACGUGAGAAGGUUUCAAAUGUUCAGAGACAAGAUGAUGAUGUCCUUCAGAAAGUUUCAGGUUUACAGGAUAAAGAAAAGAAUGGAUUACGUCCGUGUAGUCAAGUGUUUAACCUUCCACCACAUUACUUUGGUUCCAUGGGAACUGUUGUAGACCCAUCCCGAACAACUGAAUUGUAAAUAACAAAACCAGCCAACAAGACAGGUCAUGUUAUACUUUAAGGGAUAAUGUUACACUUAAUCCGCUGGCUUUGUUAGAGCUUUCAUAAAACUGUAUGGAUGUACAAUGCUUGAAAAACUAGAGAAUGUGGAAAUAAUACAUUGUGCAAAGAUCUUUUUGUCACAUAUGUAUCUGUGAUUAUUUUAAAGAUUUAUACUAAUUCACACAAUCUGAUACAGCAUAAUACAGAAACAGAUCUUGAAAUAGAAAAUAGAAAAAAUGUUUUUUAAUAUAUAUAUUAUGACUACAAAUGAACAGGAAUUGAUUGUGUAUACAUUUUUUUGUGUAAACACUGAAUAGGUGACAUCAGUUCUGUAACUAUUUAAAGACACAGGCUGCAGUUUCUUGUAUGAGAGAUGGGACAAAAAAUUUCUAAUUAUAGAAUUUGUUCAAACUUUGUAUAUGAACAUAGUUUCAUGUAAGAAACAGAAAAAUGCAAAAAGCAAUCAUAGGUCACCUUGCUUGUUUAGGAGUUAUCUGCCCUUAAAACCAUUUGUGACCAUUUUUCUUCAAAUUUUCAUAUUCAAGGGCAGAUAACUCCUGAACAAGCAUGGUGACCUUCAGUUUUUUUCAUAAUUCUGUUUCUAACAUGACACUGUGUUCAUAUACAAAGUUUGAACAAAUUCUAUUAUUGGGGAUUUUUUUUUACCCCAAACUGCCAUAUGCGUCCUUAAUUAGUAAUUAUCUUCAGUGAUAUCAUGUAUUUUGUAAUGGUCACUUGUAACCACUGAUAUCACCAAAAACAGAUUAUAUCAUUUGCGAGUGAUAUCAUUUCUUUUGUUAUUUCUACAUAAAAACUAUGUUAGUAGUUCAGAUAAAAACAAUAGCAAUUUAUUAUAUUAUAUAAGCAAUUAUUCUUGAAACUUACAAGUGUUUGUUUUUUUGUUGAAAGAAAAUUGCACAGGAAUCAUGAAAUUCAUUUGUAAGAUGUUGAAUAUAUCAAGAUUCACUCUACUACUUAUCAUAAUAUUUCUUCCAAACUGAGGUCUGAAACUUAAUAAAAUAUUCUCACAUAAAAGAGAUUAAAGUUGUAAUUACUUAGAAAUAAAUUAUGGACCAAAGCUGGAUUAUUUCUGUUCUACUGUUCAUUCGGACUUGCCAUAUAUUGUAUUUAUUGUCAAAUGGCUGGCAUACAAUAGAAUGAAGCAUAGCUGUAUAUUUUUAUGUAUAAUUUGAUUGUUUAUUAUGUCAGAAUGAUGUAAUAUCUGAAGACAAUCACAUAUUUAACAAUAUAUGUUUUUGUGCCAUAUUUGGUGAAGUAGAGUAAAUAUUUGACUUGAAGUUAAUGUACGAUGUUAUAUAUUCAGCUCCACCGGUGAGAAUCGCAUAAUAUUCUGCUGUUUUGUAUCAGGUAGUUUUAAUGUAGAAAUUUACAAUAGAUAUACUUGAUGAAAAUAUGAUAUCAUGUUAUGAUUAAGGAAGACAAUAAUUUUUUUUACAAUGAACAAAUUUUCAUUUUCUUGCUUAUUUGGGUAUGUUAACCAUACAGAACAAUGUUCAGAUAUAAGAUCAGUUCAUGUUCAGAUAUAAGAUCAGUUCAUUUCUGUAUCAAUUUCUCAUCCAGUAGUUGCCUUUUCACCUUACUUUGUUUCUUUAUAGGAAUUUCUUACUAAGUUCUAAUAAUUCUUGAUAAAUCUUUUAUUAAAAUCCAAAAUCUAAAACUUUGAAAAUUUUAUUUCUGUAAGAGCUAUUGAAAUAAACCUCUUGAAUAUUAUUUAUUCUGGUCUUCAGUUCUAGAAACAGAUUCUUUAAGUGUGAUUCAUACCCUAUGUAGUAUAUGUACACAUGAAUAGAAAUAUCGCAGAAACCUUUCAACUUCUGGACUAAUUUAACGUUUUGAAUUAAAUUAUAAGUGAUACCUUUAUAUAUAACCUUUUGUCAGUGUUUUGAGAAUGUCUACUCAUAGGACAUAAAAAUAUAUAAAUAAGAAUUGCUUACUACUUGCCAACCUCCCACUCCUGUACUUUUUUUCCUGUUGUUUUUAAAAUGUAUGUUGGAAUCUUAUUGUAUAUUUAUGGAAAACGUGUUGAUGGGCAUCGGAAUGUUUUUUAAAACAUAUUUCAUUUAUUUGUGGACAGCUACUUUUUUAAAGCUUGUAGCCAUAGGCAGUUUUGCAACAACUUUUUACAUACAUACAGAAAUGAAAUUGUGAAAAUUUAAUCAGGUCAUAAAUGUUUACAUAUGUAUUUCUUAUUUAUAGUGUAUAAUUGGUACCUCAAGUAUAUUUUGCAUUUUCUGUAAUAAGUCGGAGCUUGAUGCAUGCAAGCAGUCUUCCUUUGUAUGUAACUUAUGUUGAAGCCUAUCUUUCACAAUUUAUAGCAUAAUUAAACCUUUAUAUGGCAUAAUUAAUUAUUUGGUUGUAUAAGAGAUAAGAAGUUAGCUGGAAGAUGGUUUAGCAUUGAUUCAAUCAUAAAAUUGUAUUUCUUCAGCAGUUAUUAUAAACUUAUUACACUAGUGAUAGGUUUAAAGUCACCAAUGUUUUUUUUGUGGUGACCGUGUGUCUGAAUUUCAGUCUCCAUAUAGCUGACUUUAAGUCAUUGUGUGGCUGAUUCUAGGUCAUCACAUGGCUGAUUUUAGGUCACCAUACCUUGUGACUGAUUUUAGGUCACCAUAUUGUGUGGCUGAUUUUAGGUCACCAUAUUGUGUGGCUGAUUUUAGGUCAUCUGAGCACCUAACUUACAAGUAUGAUGCUUUUUAAAUUGUUUUGACUUUUUUUAGCACUUCUAAAACCAUUACCGGUAUACACACAAUGUGUUUUAAAAGAAAGAAUUUGAAAAGCUUGCAUUUUCUAUUUGGCAUCUUAAUGUUAAUAACUUAUUUAUUAUUGAAAAUGGGAGAUAAUUUUCCAUUCUCUAUUUACUUUUUUACUCAAAAUGUACAUUCCUUCCUUUUAUAUUUAUUCCAUAUUGUACAUUCCAUUACUUGAUUUUUUGUACAUUCUUUCAAUAGCUUCGUUAUUUUUCAUAUGAAGUGAAUUGUUCAAAGAUAAUUAUUAUAUAGCUAUAGACUUUAUUUAGUGUAAAACUGUUACUUUAGGAUAUACAAUUGUAUAGUGCUAUUUGUAAUAUAUCUGGGUAUUUUCUCCGUAUAUAUCUGGGCAUUUUCUCUGUAUGUAGCUGUAGUGUACCAUAACACCUGUAUAUUAUAAUGGGAUAUUUUGAAGCAUAAACUUUAUUGUACUUCUGCUUCAUUUCAGUUGAAACUUAAGAAUUCAAACUCCCCAGAUGUCAAAAUUGUACUGCCAUUGACUUACCUGAAGGCAAGGGAAUCACAAUGCAUAAUAUGACUGGUACCAGUGGCACUGAAGGCAAGGGAAUCACAUUGCAUAAUGUGACUGGUACCAGUGGCACUGAAGGCAAGGGAAUCACAGUGCAUAAUGUGACUGGUACCAGUGGCACUGAAGGCAAGGGAAUCACAGUGCAUAAUGUGACUGGUACAAGUGGCACUGAAGGCAAGGGAAUCACAGUGCAUAAUGUGACUGGUACCGAUGACACUGAAGGCAAGGGAAUCACAAUGCAUAAUGUGACUGGUACCAGUGGCACUGAAGGCAAGGGAAUCACAGUGCAUAAUGUGACUGGUACCGAUGGCACUGAAGGCAAGGGAAUCACAAUGCAUAAUGUGACUGGUACCAGUGGCACUGAAGGCAAGGGAAUCACAGUGCAUAAUGUGACUGGUACCAGUGGCACUGAAGGCAAGGGAAUCACAAUGCAUAAUGUGACUGGUACCAGCGGCACUGAAGGCAAGGGAAUCCCAAUGCAUAAUGUAAUGUUACUGGUGGCACCAAAGGCAAGUGCAUAAUGUGAAAGGUACCAAUGGCAUUGCAUACAUGGCGCUUCCCCCACAUACAGGUGUAUAAAAUAUGUUGUACCUAAAAUGUGUGUGGGUGUGUGUGACUGAAUAUGUCAGAGCAGACAUGCAGUAAAUUUAUAUAGUUAAUUAUACCUUGAAUCAGCAUUAUAACAAUCAAUAAACCUUGGUUGUGAACUUGAAUCAUCUAAGUUUAUAUAUUUAUCAUGUAGUUUUGACUUUGCAUAUUGUUGUAUGAUUAUGUAAAUAAUGAUGAUAAAUUAUGGAGAAAAAAAUAUGGGGGACAUAAAAGGCCAUUGAAUUUCCUAAGAGAAGACUGACUAGUUCUCAAACUACCGGUACAUAGCCUUUGGACACCUGUAGCUUUUCAGGUGUAAUUUUGACGUUUUUGCUUCUAAUUUGAAACAACUUUCUUUGUUUGGUUUAAAUUAUUUGUUCCCGUGUGGACUGAAUACAUCUGCGGAUGUCUCUAACUUGCUUUUUGUACUUUUAGCUUGUGUAAAUGUUGAGUUCUGUUCAACCCGGGGCUAGAGGGCAUGGACGGUAGCAUGCAUUUCCACUACCGUCCAUGAACAGGCUCAAUCAAACCAAGCCUGCAACAUUUUCGUUUUUGUCGUGUUGAGCGACCUGUGAAGUUUCAAUUUUUUUCUAUUUCACUAGUCACUACCAGAUAUAGCUGUUCGAAUUAUGCAUUGAUAUUAAUUCUCUUCCAAGAAAUCAGAUUACAUAACAGAUAAGUAUCUUAACAAUGCACCCCAUUUUCAACAAAAACAUCAGUUUCAGUUUAAAGACAUGUCCUUAGGAUAUAGGUUACACAACAUGGAUACAAGUAUGAAACUGGUUUAUGCCAUUAUGUUUGGGUGAAGUCUGAUUGCUUUUCCUCAGAUUCCCCUGCAGGUGAUGAUAUACAUAGGUAGAUAACACACAAGUAAUUGUGAAGAUUGCAGUGCUGUCAUGGAUGUAUGGUAGUGUGCCCACAGACAUGAAUAGUUCUAAUAUCUAUCUGGCAGUUGUACCCAAAGUUCUAUACUGGUUAAGCUUUAGAAGAAUACAGUCCAGUGGCAUAUGCUCCAUUUCUACUUCUUUAAAAACAGUUUGUUAAAUGCAUAUUCACUCCUUUUGUUUAUUUGCUUAAAUUGAUUUUACGUUGUAAAUUAUAAGGAAUUGGUGUAUAAAUAAACUGAAUUGAAUUAAAUUGUAGACAAUAAAAACAAGUUGAAUUAAAGGGAAGUAAUAUUAGUAAAUGAAAUUAUCUCUAAGACUUGCAAUCAUUAAAUUUUAAAAGGAAGUAAUUCAUGUCAUAAAAUGUAUUGUAAAGUCUCCUGUAUUCUUAAAAUUUUGUUUCUUACAUUCUGUAUUGAAAAUUAAGUAAAAGAUAUAUGUUCUUGUGUAAAAAGUUUAAUUAAAAAUGUCAAAAACUGUUAAAAGAAGUCAUCAUUUACCUCUCAGUUUGAAUUGACAAAUGAGAUUGGGGUGUAGGUCCUGGGUGCAACACAUCCUCUUGUCCUGGUGAAUGUGUAUGCUAGGUUAUUACAACAUACAUCCAUGGAUAAAAAUGUAAAUGUGACAAAAAAAGACAUGACAUCUUUGACCUCAGAGGUGACCUUGACCUUAAAGCUAGGGGUCUGGGUCUUGCCUUUGACAUGUUGUCUUGUUUUAGGGAACACAUGUACCAAGUAACAGCUAAAUAUCUUGACGGAAAGAAUAUAUUGAAGGAAAACAAAAUAGUCCCAGUUAACGUAAAGCAUUCAAAUGUGAUCUUGAAAUUUGAACUAUAGGCCAGGUAUUUGUGCAUGACACAGCAUCUUAUAGGAAGCAUUUGUGCCAAUUUACAUGAAAAUUCCAAGAUGGGUGGCAGAGUGAGGUACAGGACAAGACUGAGAUGGACUGACUGAAUGACAGAUGAUGGGACUAAUAAAAAAUGCUGAAACUUCAUUUUAUUUGCAUUCAAAAUUCUUACAUGAACAAUUUAUCAAUAAAAACUACUCAUUGUCAUUGAUACAUCCGAUACAUUAAGUGCAUACAAACCGUGCCUGACUUCUUCCUGGUUAAUCUCUUCUUGUUAUUAUAGUGCUGAUUAUCUGCAAACAACAAGUGCUCUCAAAGUCUUCAUUAUCUCAUACAUGUUUGCCUAAUGUUCCUUGAAUUGUAAGGAAUUCAAUAUAUUUUGUUUCUAUUAUUUGAGGUUUUGUCUACAAUGUCAUUGAUAUAGGUGGUAAUUCUGUCACAUUUCCUGUCAGAAAAAAAUUCAUUUCAUAUUAUUUAUGAAGCUGUAUUUCUGUACCAACACCUAGAGUUAACUUCCGUUUAAGGUAUUUCUGCAUGUUUUGAAAGUCAUGGCAUAAUUCUCUUUUAUUGGGGAGCCAAUUUUCAGCACUUUAUUACAAAUUGAAAUUACCUCUGGAUAAACAGAAAUCCCACAGGGGUCCGUAAUGGACGAAGGGUACAUCAAUAAUUUUGGAACUUCAUCAAAUCGCUCAAAAUGUCAUUUUUGAUGUUGUCUGAGAGUGUCAGUAUAUGCCUCAGAUGUAAGAUAUAACCGUAUUUGAGAGCUGCAGACCUAGACAUUUCAGAAAUAUUUUCAAAAUAAGUUUCGUGUAAUAAAUGUUGUUUCUAUGGAAGCGUGAAAAGGCCAUCAGACGCUAAUACGUUUUAGUACGUUAAGGCUGGGGAAAGGAUAUGUAGAUUUACAACUGAGAAAUUUUACUAAAAUCUACACUGCAGAAACUUUUCUGUAUGGGAACAUAUCAUCAAUAUUGAGAUAUUCCCAUAUCAUCAAUAUUGAGAUAUUCCCAUAGACAUCCUUGACUAAGGACCUAAGUUUUCAGUUUAGUCUUGCAAAAAUCUCCAGCGUAUGUACCUGUCCUUUUAUAAGCUCGACUAUUCGAAGAAAAGGGGAGCUAUCCUACUCACCCCAAAUAUUUUCAAAGUCCAUUGAGAUAUUGCUUUCAUAUUUUGCAUACUUGUUUACCAUCAUGACCCCAGUCUGUAAAAAGGAGGAGGCAACUCCAUCAAGCAUUUUGACUGAAUUAUGGCCCCUUUUCGACUUAGAAUAUGCUUAUUGUAAUGUUAAGGUUUUACUCAUAGCUUAUAUUAUACUAUCAAGCACUGAGAAUUAUGUAUAGGAUAGACAAUGAGUGCCUUUGUCUACGGGAUAUAUACAACAAGCAAAGCGUACCACCCCAAAUAUUUUCAAAGUCCAUUGAGAUAUUGCUUUCAUAUUUUGCAUACUUGUUUACCAUCAUGACCCCAGUCUGUAAAAAGGAGGAGGCAACUCUAUCAAGCAUUUUGACUGAAUUAUGGCCCCUUUUUGACUUAGAAUAUGUUUAUUGUAAUGUUAAAGUUUUACCCAUUGCUUAUAUUAUACUAUCAAGCACUGAGAAUAGUCGAGCAGGCUGUCCACUGACAUCUCUUGUUGACCAAAUGUUCACAGUAUCUUGAACGUAUGAAAUUCAAGACUUAAAUUAAAUUCUGUAUGAUGCAAACAUGCAGAACUACCUUAAAUGGUAGAAACUGUUAGUAGUAGAUUGAACAAUGUCAGGUACUGUGACUACUGUCAGUAGAAACUGUUAGUAGUAGAUUGAACAAUGUCAGGUACUGUGACUACUGUCAGUAGAAACUGUUAGUAGUAGAUUGAAGGUACUGUGACUACUGUCAGUAGAAACUGUUAGUAGUAGAUUGAACAGUGUCCGGUACUGUGACUACUGUCAGUAGAAACUGUUAGUAGUAGAUUGAACAGUGUCAGGUACUGUGACUACUGUCAGUAGAAACUGUUAGUAGUAGAUUGAACAAUGUCAGGUACUGUGACUACUGUUAGUAGUAGAUUGAACAGUGUCAGGUACUGUGACUACUGUUAGUAGUAGAUUGAACAGUGUCAGGUACUGUGACUACUGUCAGUAGAAACUGUUAGGAGUAGAUUGAACAAUGUCAGGUACUGUGACUACUGUCAGUAGAAACUGUUAGUAGUAGAUUAAACAGUGUCAGGUACUGUCAGUAGAAACUGUUAGUGUAGA